AUGUCGGAGCUCAUUACAAUCACCACUCCCCUGCAACGGUUCAAAGGCCAUGAAGGAUGCAUAACUGCAGUCGCAGUUUUCCCUGAUAAACGUCGGAUGGUUACGGGCUCGACCGACACAACGCUUCGUCUGUGGGACUUGAAGACAGGUGUUGCGUUGAAGAAGAUGAAGGGGCAUCGCAAUCCGGUGUGGAGUUUGGCGGUAUCACGAGAUGGGCAAUUGAUAGCAAGCGGUGAUGAAAAAGGAAAGGUCAUCGUCUGGCACGGAGAAACUGGCAAAUUACUCACCAAAAUCCAAGCACACUCCGAUUUGAUCUCCUCGCUGGAUUUUUCUCCCGAUGGAACAGUGUUGGCCACUGGUUCAUAUUACGAAAAAAUGACGAAACGGUGGAAUACCAAAACCUGGCAGCUGCAAGGAGAUCCAAUCGAAUGUGAUGCAUAUAUCUACUGCGUACGGCAUUCACCAUCUGGAGAACUGCUUGCCGUCGCAACCAACCAUGAUAUUCAAAUUUACAAUUCAGGCACCAGCAAACACGUCACAUCAUUCAAGGCUCACAAAUCAUGGAACUCGUCACUCGUGUGGACGCCCGAUGGCACACGCCUUCUCACAGGCGGCGAUAGGGAAGAUCCUACUGUACGCGAAUGGGAUACAACAACUUGGAAGCAGGUCGGUAAUCCUUGGACGGGCCACACUGACCACAUCGAUUCCAUUGCCAUUCAUCCUGCUGGCACACUCGUUGCAUCCGCAUCUAGUGACCACCAUGUUCGUCUCUGGCAGCUCUCAGAUCAACAAACCAUUGUCGUCUUCGAGCAUUCAUCUUCAUCCCUCGCGCAAUGCAUCACUUUCUCCGUGGACGGCAAUCACAUCCUCAGUGGAGGCGACGAUAAGAUCAUCUCAGAGUGGGCAACUAUUGCCACAACAACAGUCCGCGAUGCAUGCAUAGAUCGAGAAUUAUCUACUGACGAAGAACUACUCAUGCAAGAUAUCAAUACCGAUCCGAACACUCAUACUCCCUACAUCCUAGCCAUCACGACCUCCCGUAUUGCAUGUCUAAAUGGAGACUUAUCUACCGCCGAAGGACUGCUCACUCAAGAUAUCAACACCAGUCCGAACAACCAUACUUCCUACGCCCAUCGGUCAUUCGUCAUGGCCCGAAAAUACGAUUGGGAACGCGCCCUUCUGGAUGCAAUCAAGUCCAUCAGGAUUCAGCCCUCACUGACGGGCUAUAUCUCCAAGGGUAUUGCCCUCUGUGGAAAAGGCCGCGUCCUGGAUGCGAGGGCAGCAUUUGAUGUCGCAUCCAUGUACACGGACCAGGAUUCAGAAAUCCUUCAUUUUCUGCUAUUGACCAAGGCCAUCGCGCUCUUCAAUGCAGAUCAACAUCGCGAGGCAAACCUGCUCCUCACAGAGCUUGCUACCGGUUGUCCGAAUGCUGAUACUCUCGCAUGUGAUAUUGUGCAAGCAUAUCUACACGUUCAACUCGGAAUCAAAGCCUUGGAUGGCGCACGUUACGACGAAGCCACCGACCAUUUCACUGCCGCUAUCGACUCCAGCGAUUUAUCAUCGGAAUCGGACAUUCAUGAAGUAUAUGAAGAUUUGGUGGUGGUACAUCAAGAUGAUGCCUAUAUGACGCUUUUCAUAACUAAAUCUCUUGUCCAGCUCUUUGGCUGGGACCUGAAGUCGUUGUGGCGAAAGGCACACCAUAAACGGUGUGAUGCACUCCUUCGGGCGGGUAAACUCCAAGAUGCCGUGAAGUCAUACCAACACCUGAUGACUUCAAGUGACGAAAUCACCAAAGCCGACUGCCUCGAUUGGUCCAACGGCGAGUCUAGAGCCAAUUUCAAACAGCAAUGCAGCGCACUCUGCGCUGCCAACGGAGAUGACGCCUUCGCUGCAAGCGAUUACGACAAGGCUAUUGACCUAUACUCUAUGGUGAUCGAUCUGGAUUCUGCAUCCGAUGUCGUCUUUGCAAAUCGCAGCCAGGCAAAGUUAAGUAAAAUGCUGUGGGAGGAUGCGCUCCUCGACGCGCAAAAGGUCACAGAACUCAAUCCUUCGUCUCAUGUUGGGUACCAGUUGUCACACUCAGCGCUGCGUGGCGCGCAACGUUACGAUGAAGCCAUCGAGGCCUUCACAAUCAUGUUGUCCAAGUUGGACAAUGCUCCAGAAGUGCAGAUACAAGAUCUGCGUCAGCAGUACGUCUGUCCAUCGGAAGCAGAAGACGUUAUUCGAAGAGCAGUUUGGAUUGAACUCAGCAACGCCCCCCUUCGUCUGCUCAACACCUCUACGGGGAUUCUGUGCGACCGAGCAGCACAGCUAAACUCCUUCAAAACAAGUCCAGAGUACAAGGAGCUUUUGUCAACCAUAACGAAGCGUUCGGAUCUCCAAAUGGAACACAUCAAGGAGGUGGUGGCGACGCAUUUCCGUUGCGUUUUACUAUCACAUAGGUGGGAAGAGACGGAGGCGCUGCUGCACCACGUCCAGGACAAAGUGGUGUAUGAGUUGGAUGGACUCGGUGGCACCGCGAAACUGCAGUCAUUUUGCAAAAUCGCUCGUGAUGCGGGGUAUUUUUGGGCAUGGAUGGAUACAUGCUGCAUUGAUAAGAGCAACAACGCCGAGCUUGGAGAAUCGGUCCAAUCCAUGUUCGUCUGGUACCGUCACUCGGCGCUCACCAUCGUCUACCUAUCCGAUGUCCCUCCUUCAUCCCAACCCGGUGCACUAGCAAGCAGUGUUUGGAACGAGCGGGGAUGGACCUUUCAAGAAUUUGUCGCUCCGAAAGUCGUUAGAUUUUACCAGAAGGAUUGGUCGUUGUAUCUCAACGAUCGCUCUCUCAACCACAAAGAAUCUCAAGCAAUCAUGAAGGAGUUAGAGGGUGCGACGGGAAUAGAUGCACAGGCCCUGAUCUCUUUCCGUCCAGGGAUGAGAGAUGCUAGACAGAAACUGCAAUGGGCAUCGAAGCGCGUCACCACUGUGCAGGAAGACACCGCGUACUCGUUAUUUGGUAUCUUCGACGUCCACCUACCUGUCAUCUAUGGCGAGAGGAAGCAGAGCGCGCUCGGCCGGCUCCUGCAGGAUAUCGUGUCUCGGUCGGGCGACAUCACUUCCCUGGACUGGGUCGGACAAUCAUCCGAGUUCAAUAGUUGCCUUCCAGCUGACAUCAUCUCAUAUGCCGCCCCGUCAUACUCCCUACCAUCGUUGUCUGAAGAUGAGAUUCAGACAGCGGUCUCUUCGUUGCGAAACAUUGUGCUUGUGAAUCUAGCUUCGAAGUUGUAUAACCUGCUCGAGAACAUGAAUGCUCCGCUCUUCGCAAACUGCAGACUCCGUCUUCCUUGCAUCGCAUUCCCUGUCACGGAAGUCAAACGGAAGCGAGGUCGUACUGCCCAUUCCACGUAUGGAGUGAAAGCAGAUGGGCUUCGAGACUUGCUGAUUACCACAGACGAGACCCUAACUCAAUUCUCGCGCACGAAGCCCAUUCAGCAGACGUUCUUUCUUGUCCGUCCAUGGGACCGUCGUCUCCUUGGGCUGCCUGAUUUUUCAGAGCAGCUCACCUUUGCAGACGAAGGGGAGAGCGUAGGGCAUUGGUCCGAGUCCGAGUCUGGAUCAGACGACACUGAAGAGUCGUCCAGCAACUCACCUGGAGAAGAGGAGUUGUCAGUUGACUCGGAUGUUCAUUCACGAUCAUUGCGUUUGAUGGUUCACCUUGGGCAGGCUUUCAGCGCACUUUUGGUAGCGCAGCAACGCGUUGGAGAAUACAAGAGGGUCGCGUCGGACCAAUAUAUCAUUGCGCAGGUGAAAGACCCGGCUUCGAUUGACAUUAUGAACAUCAGGACCCUGGACAUAUUGUAG